AUGUGGCUUGCGAACGAGCUGAUGAUCUUAUGCCGUCCUCAAGUGCACGAACUAUGGGGAUUCCUCCGAGAUGAAGUGAUCGCGAAAGGGAAGAGGGGGUUCGUCGUGGGACCUCCUGGCACGGGUAAAUCUGUGGGUGUGUUGAGUUUUGCGGCUUCGUUGGAUCGCGAGGAAUGGGACGUGGUUUGGAUCCAUUUGAGUGGUGCUGCGAGGAAGCCUAUCUGCGUGGAUUUGGAGGCCAAGCUGUGGUGGGAGAUUUCCGACCGCAACGCAUUCGAGUUCCCCGUGUCGACAACAAGAAACUAUCUCAGAGCGGAAGACAAAUUUGUGACUUGUGCCUCGUUGGCUACAGUUCGGAAGACAAACGAGGAGGACGACUUUGUUAACAAGAUCAAGUAUUUUACGCUGCACUCAUGGACGAAGCAGGAAUACGUCGAAGCCAUUGCCGAUCCAGACUUUUACGACACGGUUGCUGCCAAGUUUGACGCAACGAGCACCUGUGACGUGAACGAAGCAGACGACGACAGCGAUGGAGAGUUGAGCGAAGCCGAAAAGAAGUACCGUGCGUUGGGUCUGAAGUUCUACUAUGCGGGCGGUUCGUGUCGGUUUAUGUUUCAAUAUCGCACGCAAGUGGCGAUUCAAACGCUGACAGCUACGGUGGAUCGAACCCUGAUCAAGGACAAGCUGUUCACCUACUGCUCAUGCGCCUAUGAAGAUAGUCCGAUUAACAAACUCUAUGGGUCGCAAGCUGCCAAACACAAAAGGUAUGGAGAGCGGUUUCCUGUGAGCUCCUUCGCGGCGUCGCUCCUAGCGGAAGAAACGAGCGAAGAUGUGAUUCCGCUUUUGGCCAUUAGUGUCAAUACGAGGGCGAAUCCUGGCCGCCUGUUUGAGUGGUUGUUCUUUGCAUCAAUCUCCAAGCACCAGGUGAGGUUGUUCUUUGCAUCAAUCUCCAAGCACCAGGUGAGGUUGUUCGACUACGCAGGCGUUGAAGAUAAACUCCCUCAAGCGCGAGUGGUGCUGUUCGAUCCGAAGAAGCGUUUCAAGCGAUUCAACACGAUGGGGCUGCGUUCGAGCACACUUUCGGAUCGGAUCGGUUGUGGGGAAGGCGAGGAGGUGAAGGCACAGCAAAAAUUAAGAAUUGCAGGUGAUCAGCUUUGGCUGCGGCCUGUCGUGUGGGACCAAGGGUGCUAUGACGCCGUGUACUUCGACACAGAAGAGGGAAAAGUGAUCUUCGUCCGAGUGGCCCACUUGACCAAGCAAGAUGUCAAGAUGAGUUAUAUCAACGAAGUGCUGACCAAACUGAAAUUGGCAGGAAUGGAAAUCUCCACGGUGGAAAUCUUCCUUUUGCCACGCCAGAUAGAUACGGCGAAGUUCUUGGUCGCAAAGCUCAAGUACUAA